GCUCCGAAAUAUUUUCUGAUAUUUGUUGGCAAUAGUCACUUAUUAUAACAAAUAAAAAUGUUGCGAAAUUUUCGCAAUUUGGUUCAAUUGAAUAACUCUAUCAAGAAAUCAUGCAUCAGAAGUUUAAAUCUAGUUCCAAUAGUUGUUGAACAAACAGGAAGAGGAGAACGAGCUUAUGAUAUUUAUUCUCGUUUACUCAAAGAAAGAAUUAUUUGCUUGAUGGGACCGGUGACAGAUGACAUAUCAUCUCUAGUUAUAGCUCAAUUACUUUUUUUACAAUCAGAAAGUAGUAAGAAACCAAUACAUUUGUAUAUCAAUUCUCCUGGUGGCGUUGUGACAGCAGGUCUUGGCAUUUAUGACACAAUGCAGUAUGUACUUCCACCGGUUGCAACAUGGUGUGUGGGUCAAGCAUGUUCAAUGGCAAGUUUAUUAUUGGCCGCUGGAGCUCCAGGAAUGAGACAUGCACUACCUAAUGCUAGGAUAAUGAUUCAUCAGCCUUCUGGUGGUGUUCAAGGUCAAGCCACUGAUAUUAGAAUUCAAGCGGAAGAAAUUCUCAAACUUAAAAGUCAAAUAAAUAAUUUAUACGCCAAACACACAGGAAUUGAUAUUCAAAGAAUAGAAAACAGUAUGGAAAGAGAUAAGUUCAUGACUCCAACCGAAGCAAAAGAAUUUGGAAUAAUUGACAAAGUUUUAGAGCAUCCAUUGCAAGAACAAAGUGAAGCAGGAGCAAAAGCUCAAAAAACAUAAAUCCUAUAACAUUAAGUGAGUUUGUGAAUGAAUUGACUGCUCUAAGUUAAGUGAUAUUUUGAUUAAUUGUUUCAUAGAUUUUAUGAAGGUUUUGAUUCCAGAUUAUUGGUAUCAUAUGUAUUGUCAUUCAAAGUGUUUUGUUAAUUUGCAUUGCAAAAUAUGUAAUUUUAAUUACAUUUGUUUUCAACUGAAAAA